AAAGCGCACAGCCAAGACAGACUUCAGAGACGGCUUCCCUCUCCCUCCCUCCUGCCUGCUCUCCAGGGUCUCGUCCGUGACCCUCAGGCCCGCUUCUGCUGAGUUGUGGCCGGUUCGUACCCGAGCCCCGGGUCACCCAUGAGGCUUGAGGCCGCAGCCAGGAUGGAUGUGUUCAGGAAGCUGUGGAGUGCGAGGAAUAUGAUCGUCGUCGUGUUCAUCCCGCUGGCCCUGCUUCCAUUACCACUCAUCCACCCCACCAGCGAGGCGUGCUGCGCGUACGUGCUGAUGGUGACAGCAGUAUACUGGGUGUCCGAGGCCGUUCCUCUGGGUGCUGCUGCUCUGGUCCCAGCUUUCCUCUACCCGCUGUUCGGAGUCCUCAAGUCCAGCGAGGUAGCGGCUGAAUACUUUAAAGACACCACUCUGCUGCUGAUGGGAGUCAUCUGUCUGGCAGCUUCCAUAGAGAAGUGGAACCUGCACAAACGCAUCGCUCUGCGCAUGGUGAUGAUCGCAGGAGCCAAGCCUGGCAUGUUGGUGCUGGGCUUCAUGUGCUGCACUGUGUUUCUGUCCAUGUGGCUCAGCAACACGUCCACCACAGCCAUGGUGAUGCCCAUCGCUGAGGCCGUCCUGCAGCAGCUCAUCUGCACCGGCCUGGCCGACAGCCAAGGCAACUCCGAGACUGCGGACGCCCCAGAGGAUGACAGCGCUGUUUUAGACGAACAAGAAAACCGGGACAGGAACCAGCUAAAGCUGAUCUAUCACAGCAACAGCAAUGACCGCACCAAACAAGAGCUUGCUACAUUCAGUGAGGCUCACACUGGGGAGGUAAAUGGUUUGAGUCCAAAGCCAGUCUCAAACCAGGACUUCAUCGGUAACACUAAUGGACACCUGUCGCAGGUCGCCGUUGAAAUUCCAAACGUGAAGCGGGUGAAGGCCAGGAGAGACUCCCAGUAUCCCACCAAGAAAGACCACAUGAUCUGUAAAUGCCUGACGCUCAGCAUCACCUACGCCGCCACCAUCGGUGGACUCAUCACCAUCACGGGCACGUCAACCAACCUCAUCUUUGCGGAGCAGUUUAACACUCGCUAUCCAGAUGCAAAGGUGAUAAACUUCGGCACAUGGUUCAUCUUCAGCUUCCCCAUCGCCAUCAUCAUGCUGGUCCUCACCUGGCUGUGGCUGCACUUCCUCUUCCUUGGCUGCAACUUCAGGGAAACGUGCUCACUGAGUAAGAAGCGCAAAACCAAGAGGGAGAUUAUAUCAGAGAGGAGGAUUCAUGAGGAGUACGAAAAACUGGGAACCAUCAGCUACCCAGAGGUGGUGACCGGUGUUUUCUUCGUCCUGAUGACUCUGCUGUGGUUCACCAGAGAGCCCGGGUUCGUGCCUGGUUGGACCUCUCUCUUUGAGAAGAAAGGCUAUAGGACUGAUGCCACCGUAUCUGUCCUUCUUGGCUUCCUGCUCUUCCUCAUCCCUGCCAGGCGACCCUUCUCUUCCUCCUCCUCCUCUUCCUGCAGAAACACGGAGUCAGACCCUCUGGCUCCAAUGAUCACCUGGAAGGAUUUCCAGAGACUGAUGCCAUGGGAGAUCGUCAUCCUGGUGGGAGGGGGCUACGCACUGGCCGCUGGUUGUAAGGUGUCAGGCCUGUCGGUAUGGAUCGGCAGACAGCUGGAGCCCAUGAGCGGUCUUCCUCCCUGGGCCGUCACCCUACUGGCCUGCCUGCUGGUGUCGACAGUCACAGAGUUUGCCUCCAACCCAGCAACUCUCACCGUCUUCCUGCCCAUCCUGUCCACACUGUCAGAGACUCUGCUCAUCAACCCCCUCCACACUUUGAUCCCAGCCACCAUGUGCGUGUCAUUUGGGGUCAUGCUUCCAGUCGGGAACCCCCCCAACGCCAUCGUCUUCAGUUACAGCCACCUGCAGAUCAGUGACAUGGUGAAAGCAGGCUUUGGGGUGAACCUUAUCGGCGUGGCGGUGGUUAUGUUGGCCAUAACAACAUGGGGCGUUCCGCUCUUCAACCUGAAUGAGUUCCCAGCCUGGGCAGCAGCCAGGAACGUCACUGGAAGCUUAUAACCACUGAGAAGGGGAAUGGUUUGAAUCAGUGGGAGAUGGAAAGAGACAACAGACAACAUGUCUGUGUGGAAUGUUGUGCCUGAGCGGAUGUUUCGCCCUGAGGUGAGCCCUUUGCUAGACCUUGAUGGGAGGAAGAGAAGAAAGGGAGAGAGAGAGAAAAAAAACACUUGGCUUAGAUUUAAGAAAUAGAAAUAUAUUUUGGCAUCACAAGGAGAUGUCCUUGUGAAACUGGACUCUGGAUUGAACUCUGACCUCCAGCAAAACAACUCUUUUUUUUUAACCCUCAAUUAAAGACUUUUGAUGAGGAUUUUCACUGAAUCACUGAAGAUAUCACUAAAAGCUACAGAGGUAAUCAAGAACUGAUAUUUGAUUUAUGAUUGGAAAAUGUUAAAUAACUUUUUAAGAGCUACUUCAUACCCUUUUCUGUGGAGAACACUGGUAUGCAGAUAGAAAUAAGCUACUCUGAUUUCAUAGAAAAGCUUCUUUUUACUGCAAAACAUCGGCUGCACACAAAUGUAUGGUUAUUUAUCCAGAUUACAUUCGCUGGAACAUUGUGGGCUGGUGAAAUCUGACUUUGGUUAGCCGAUACAGUUUAAAAACAGCAAACUGCUGUGUUUAAAAAGUAAAAAAGGGCUGUUGCUGUUGCCUUUACAGCUUUUACAGAUGUAUACAAUAACCUUUCAUGAGAGUCAUGCAGAAACAUAAGAAGUGUCAUUUUGUAUUUAUCAACAAACGGAACACAUAUACACUGUCCUUAGCUGCUAUCAUGUGCCUGAAUGUCUUUAUGAAAGCUGAUCUUGUGCCUAUUAUACUGUGAACAAGUUAAUAUACAUUGGCCACAGUUGCUCUACAUCCAGCUGCUUGUACUACAAUAUUGAUGUGACGAAGUAAUCCAACCUCUAACUGUGACAGUGUUCGUGCCUUACGCGCAGGAACUGGGUUCACUGCCAGCACCCAAAGCAGUAGUAAACAGUUUUUUGCUUCACUUCAUUACAAUAUCAUGAAUGUGCACUAUACUUUUUGUAAGAUAAAAUAGGUAUGAGGUUGUUGUAUUUUAUACUUUUCUCUCACUGUUAAGCAGUUUUGGAGUAACUCUCUUGCCCUUUUACCACCUUAAAUUGAACACCAAUUGGGCAGAAAACACUUAUCGCUUUUAUCAAUCACGUGUAGCUUCACGAAAACUGGAUGCACAUUUUAUUUAAUGUAUUACUUAAGUAUGUUAAUCAACAGGACAACCAUGCUCAAUUGUUUUCUUCUCGACAUGUGAACACAGCAGAUAACAUCAUGUUUGGGAUGUUCUAAAAUGAUUUGAAUGGUGCAAGUUUGUCCAAUCAGCUGUCAAAUCACAGUCGCUGUUACCUGAUGUUGAAAGGGUUUGCACAUAAUGGUUGCUGUACUGUGCAAAAAUGGAAAAAGAUGCAUUUUAUACUGUAUUUUUACAUGUGUAAUUUGUGGCCUUUUUAUAUCAUUACAAUAUAAACAUGGGGUUUGGUGUAGGCAGAAUCAGAAGCCUGUUUCUCUUGCAUAAUUUAUUUAGUUCUCCUAAAAGUUUCAUAUGUAACCUGGGGCCAUACUUCUUUGGAAAUACAUACAGAAUUGUAAUAUAAAGAUAUUGUGCCUUUGCCUAUUUCCAAAUGAGUUGUAAUAUUUCUAAAUGAUGGUAUUCAUUUACAAUUCAACCACACUAAAGAUGAUAUACAUGUACAACAAUAAAGAAAAACAUUAAA